CCUGUCAAGAGUCUAGUAUGAAAAACUGUUUAAAAGAAAAAAUGAGCGAUAAUUUGCAAUCAGAUGAUAUGCAAGAAGCUGAUCUUGGUCUUGGCGAUGGACUCAAACCAGGAGGACUCACAAUUUUAUCAAAUGAACCUCACAACCCUUCUGAAGACCGUUUGUUGUCAAAAGUGUCAAAUAAUUCGGAUAGGAACAGUCACUCAGGCUGCAGUUGUUCAGAGGAUUCCGAGGAAGAAUUUGAGCUCUCAUUAAUGCCUAUACAACAAAUACAUGAUCUCAAAACACAGUAUUCUCACUUAGUGCCAAAAUCUAGUCGUUGCAGUGAAACUUUUAGUGGAAAGGAUGAAGAAAUUCUGAUUUAUGAUGAAAGAUAUUUUUGCGAGAAACCAAAAACUUCGAAUUGUCAGGACCAAGGCUCUGAAAAAGAAAGCAAAGCAGAGGAAAAGGGCUCUGACUUUCCAUCAUAUGCAGAUGUAACAUAUGGGACAUCUAUUCGGCAACAGAAAGAAUUGUUUAAUCGAAACAUUGAAGAAAUAAGAAAAAAGAUGAAUGUCUCAAUACCAAAUUCAAAUAUGUCUCCAGAGCAAGAUAAAAUGAAAGCUGAAAAUCACAAAUCCAGAAAGAAAAGAACAUGUGAGGAAAUUGCCAUGAAGUUAGCUGAAACCUUGCAGGAGGUCGAAGACUUGAAAAUAGAGCUGGAGACAUGUGAACAAAGGCUUGAUUCAAAAUACAAGGCCAUCAAUAUUCUUAGAAAACAGGCAGAAGAAGCACAAAAACAACUGAAGUUUACAGAGAUGUCUUCAAAGGAAACUACUUUAAAAUUGUCCCAGGAGAUAUGUGAGUUGCAGUUUGAAGUUGAACGUCAAGAGAAUACACUGUUGGAUAGCCAGGAAGUGUGGGCUCAAAGAUUUGAUAGGUAAGAUUAUUAACAGCUUAGAAUCAGUAUUGAUGUAAGGUAGCUUGAAGCAUAGAAAA